CUGCCGGUAGCGUCCGUUUCUCCAUCUGCUGCCAGUCCCUCCGUCCGUGCGUCCAUCCAUCCUUCCAUCCUUCCAUCCAUCCUUCCUUCCAUCCCUCCCUUCCUCCCUCCCUCCGUCCCCGUUUUGUUUUCUCGCCGUCCGCGGGCUCGGGCCCCCCACGCCGCUGCCACCCUGAAGUUUCUGGCGGUGCUGCUGGCGGCGGGCAUGCUGGCUUUCCUGGGGGCCAUCAUCUGCAUCAUCGCCAGCGUCCACCCGGCGGGCACCGCCGCCCCCGCCGCUCCCACCGCCGCCGACAAUGACUCGGCCGCCGCCGCGCUGCUCCCCGCCGCCGACAAGGGGUUGGGAGCGCUGCACGGCCCCGCCGAGGCUCUGGCCAGCGCCGGGCCUCGCCUCACGGGCUCGACGCCGCUGUUCAGCCGCUUCGUCUGCACUCCGCUGAGCGCCGAGUGCCCCGCGGCCGCCCCCGGCCCCGCCGCCGCCGGCCCCGAAGAGCUGCUGGCGCUGCGCAGCGCCGCGGCACAGCUGCGCCGCACGGCGCUGGAGCAGAAAGAGCGCAUCCGCAUGGACCAGGAGACCAUCCGCGAGCUGACGGGCAAGCUGAGCCGCUGCGAGGGCGGCCUCCACGCCGCUCCCCCCGCUGCCGGGCUCCGCGCCGCCCCCCGGCCCGGCACCAUGGGGCACCCCCCCGCCGAGCCGCCCGCCGUGCGAGAGCUGGAGGACGCCGUCCGCGCCCUGCAGGAGCGCAUCGACCGGAUCGAGCAGGAGCUGCCAUCCCGCCCCAACGGGUCAGCGCCCACCGCCCCAGCGCUCGCCCGCGAUGCGCUGCACAGCAAGAUGGAGCAGCUGGAGGAGCAGCUCCUGGCCAAGAUCCUCGCCCUGCAGAAGGAGAGGCACGCCGCCAACACGGACCGCAGCCAGCAGCAGCAUGACAUCGAGAAGGAGCUCAGUGCCCUGCAGAACCGAGUGGCGGAGCUGGAGCACGGAGCUCCAAGCUACAGCCCUCCUGAUGCCUUCAAGGUGACUAUCCCGGUGCAGAACAAUUACAUGUACGCCCGCAUGAAGAAGAGCCUGCCGGAGCUCUAUGCCUUCACCAUCUGCAUGUGGCUGAAGUCCAAGGCCUUGUCAGGGCUCGGCACCCCUUUCUCCUAUUCUGUCCCCACCCAAGCCAACGAGAUCGUGCUGCUUGAGUGGGGCAGCAACCCCCUGGAGCUGCUCAUCAAUGACAAGGUUGCCCAGCUGCCGCUGAGCCUGAAGGACAAAGCCUGGCACCACGUGUGUGUGGCAUGGACCACUCGUGAUGGCAAGUGGUCGGCGUAUCAGGAUGGUGAGCAGCGGGGCUCCGGUGAGAACCUGGCUUCCUGGCACGCCAUCAAGCCACAGGGCGUCAUCAUCCUGGGCCAGGAGCAGGACACUCUGGGCGGCCGCUUCGAUGCCACGCAGGCCUUUGUGGGGGAGCUGGCCCAUUUUGCUGUUUGGGACCACAUGCUGGCUCCAGCGGAGAUCCUGGCCUUGGCCAACUGUACCUCGCACCUUCAAGGCAACGUCAUCCAGUGGGACGACCAGGCUGUCGAGGUCUUUGGAGGGGCCAGCAAGGCAGCCUUCACUGCCUGCGACGAGGGGAGGAAGGCAUGAACGACACUCAGCUCCAGGCUGCCCUUCCAACCCUCCCAGAUCAACGAGACCCUCUCACCACCACCACCACCCUAUGAUGGGGCGAUGUUCGAGGCCUUCAGGGGAGGUCCCACGGCAGCCCCUCGCUCCUCCUGCCUCUCACCUUGCCCUGUUUUGUUUUGGGCCCCGGGCACUGGGGAUAUGGGGGGGCUGGGAGUGGGACAUCCCCUACACUUCUUUAUUUUCAUCGCCCUGACGUCUGGUUUUGUGAGCCUGCUCCCUCCGAGCCCUUCUUCUCCAUCAGUCAUUCUCCAGAAUCGUCCUCCCCCCAUAGGAUGAAAAAAGUCCUGUGAGUGGGAUCUAUUUCUUUUAUUUUAAGCCUUCCCUGUGCCACAUAAGGCAGGGAAAGAGGGUCAGAGACUCAUCCUCAUGCACCCAGCCCUGGUCAGGGUGGAGGAAAUGAAGCAAAAGUGAGGAAAAGGGGCACAGGGAGAGGUGUGCCCCAUUGCCCCCCAGCCUUUUGGGGCUGAGCUACUUGCAGGGGUGCUGGCCUCACCCGUGCCUCGGCCCCUGCUUUGUGCUGGCUGGGGAUGCUGGUGGCCUUGGAGAGUGCCUGAGGAUGUGAUGUUUCCUUGCUGGUGUCUCAGUAUGUCUAUGCCAGGGUUUUUUUGGGGGGAGGUCUCACGGUGUGAUGUCCAGCUUCCAGCACUCCUCCAAGCCCAGCAUGUCCCACUUUGCACCUCCUGCCCAGGGACCAGGGGGCA